CUGUGGCCAUACUUCUCCAGGAUCAGGAAACUUGUUGCAGUACUGCACUGGCCAAAGCAGCUAGCAGUUAGCUAGCUUACGUUAGCUAGUCAGUAUCCAGCAGGAGUCGUAGAGCAGAGAAACUCGUGCUCCGUCCACAUACCAAUGACAGGGACACUAAACUUACAAAUAUGCGCCUGGACAUUGACUGAUAUUUGGUUGUCUAGUUUUUCCUAUCUUUAUCGCCAACGCUCUGUGAAGCUAUCUCUGAUCUGAAAAGCGCAGUAACUUAACUCUCGACUAUGGAUCCUGAUCGACAGAAACGAAGAGAAGAAAUUCAGAAAGCAAUGAGCUUUAUCCAGUCAUCUUUGCCUUUCCCAGAGCCAGAGAGUUAUGAGGCUUUUCUGACCCAGUUGGUGUGUAACUUGCUGGACGAGGGCAAUUCUUGUUUUCGAGAUGGGGACUGGCGUCAGGCGACCCAGCAGUAUGGGGAGGGGAUCAGUGUCGCCCGCUACGCUCAGGCUGAAGCCCUCGUCAUCCCCCACGAGCUGCUGGAGAGCCUCUAUGUUAACAGGGCUGCAGCCUACUACCAGAUGAGGGAGUAUGAGCGCGGUGUUCAGGACUGUGACAGUGCACUGUGCGUGUCAGAAGGCAGUCGCAGGGCUUUAUACCGCAAAGCGCUCUGUCUGAGGGAGUUGGGACGAUUCAGAGAGGCCUACGAGUGUGGAACCAAAUGUCUCCUCACAGCACCACACGACAGGCAGGUGAAUGACCUGGCCCAGGAUCUGGCCAAUAAACUGGGCCUGAAGGGCCGUAAAGCUUACGUCAGCCCACAGACAGAGUCCAUGGCCACAGAAGGGGAGAGUCACGGGGAGACUUCCCCACCCACAGGAGAGAUGUCCUCUAAUGGGCUGGAGUCUCUGGGUGACAUUGGACCAGGGGACCUGUCUAGUGCUCAGUGCAUCCCUGCUCCUUUGGCCACACCCAUCCCAGUCAGUGAUGACCCGGCGACGCCCGUGGUGACCCCAUGCACUGACCUGUCAGAGAGCCCCAGCAGCCAGGCCCUGCCUCCCAUGCCGUACUCCGUCCCUGUGUCGGAACACAUAGAGGAAUGCAGCAGCAGCGUCAUCAAGGACGAGCUAGACAGUCUGCUGGAGUGCAUCCCCAAGAAAGUCAGUGAGAGUCCAGUCCAGGGUGCUAUCCCCACCAACCUCCCCAACACGGCUGUGGGUCUCCGGCCUCCAUACUCCCCAAGCCUUCCAGCCCCGUCACCCCAGCUUCCCCCAGCCUACUUCAGCUCCUCCAUCGGUGAACUGCCCCCUCUCGAGCCUUACUCGCCGCUGGCCCAGCGGGACCAGGGCUCCACCCAGGCGCAGGACGCACUGGGAGGCUUCCCCACAGGGGCCAUGGAUGGAGAAGGGAAGGCAGGAGUUGCCGCUGGUGGGCUGGACUCGUUGUCUGAGUACACUCUCCCUGGGGGAAGAGUGUGUCACAGCUUCAUCCCUGGAAUGCGCAACCACAGUGCUGCACAUGCAAAUGGUCCAGCAGGAACCAACCUGUCGCUGCUCUCCAGGAAUCCUCUGGCAGCCACACAUGAGUUUCGGCAGGCCUGUCAUGCCUGUUACAGCCGAAUAGGUCCGCGAGUGAUGGACUACAAGUAUCAGCCCGAGGCAGCACACCGCUGCAAGAGGGAUGUGCUGCUGUGCCGCCUCAAAAACACAGAUGACCCCACUUGGAAGAGGAUCCGGCCACGGCCUGCACGGAACAACUUCCUGGGGGCAUUUGUACUCUGUAAAGAGGUGCAGGAGCGUCAGGAGUGCCAGUAUGGGGAGAACUGUACGUUUGCUUACUGCCAGGAGGAGAUUGAUGUGUGGACCCAGGAGAGGAAGGGCGCGCUGAGCCGAGAGCUGCUUUUCGAUCCGCUGGGCAGCACAGAGAGACGGGCGCUCAGCGUCACCAGGCUGCUGCAGCUCCACAUGGGCAUGUUCAUGUUCCUCUGUGAGGAAUGUUUUGACAGUAAGCCUCGCAUCAUCAGCAAACGCAGCAAAGAAAACUUAGCAGUCUGCUCAAACCUCACAGCUCGACACCCAUUCGACGACAACAAGUGCCUGGUGCACGUGGUGAGGUCAGCGAAUGUGCGCUACAGUAAGGUGCGUCCCUUACACCCUCUCUGCCAGUUUGACGUGUGUCGCCACGAGGUUCGAUAUGGCUGUCAGCGUGAGGACAGCUGCUCCUUUGCUCACUCCGUCAUAGAGCUCAAAUGCUGGGUCCUGCAGCAGGACACUGGUAUCACCCAUGAAGAGAUGGUGCAGGAGUCCAAGAGACACUGGCAAAGGCUGGAGCAGAAUGCACAGAAGCAGCAGAAGCCUAUCCAUAUCCCCCAUCCGAGCAGCAGCAUACCUGCAGGAGGAGUAGUGGGAAUGGGGGGUGGAAUUGGAGGAGUAGGGGGAGAUGGCAUCGGUGGGGGUGGUGUGAGCCCAGUGGGUGGGGUGGGGAUGGGGGUGGGAGGGUUAGGAGCAGGUGCGGGAAGAGGGCGGCCCCUCAACCUGAAAAUGAAGUUUGUGUGCGGCCAGUGCUGGAGAGAAGGACAGGUCAAUGAGCCCGACAAGAACCUCAAGUACUGCACUGCCAAAGCACGGCAUAGCUGGACGAAGGAGCGUCGGGUCCUGCUGGUGAAAUCAUUUGAGAAGAAGAAGUGGGUUGUUGUUCGGCCUCUGCCCUUCUCCCGCACCUAUCCACAGCAAUAUGAUAUGUGUGUGCAUGUGAUGAAGCAGAAGAAGUGCCACUAUAUUGGGAACUGCUCAUUUGCUCACAGUCUGGAGGAGAGGGACGUCUGGACGUACAUGAAGAACAACAGCUUGAGAGACAUGCAACAGAUGUACGAACUGUGGCUGCAGCUCACCAAUCAGAGUAGACGCACAGAUAGCUCUGCUGUGACCCCGCCCCCAGACGACAAGCAGGUCACCAUAACAGCAGAUUACACAGAAAGCAUGGGAGGCCGGCGGUUGUCAGACGGGGAUGAUCUCUGAGUGUUGUGCUGUGUGAAUAGAGGCAAAUGAUCGCCACAGAGAGACAGGCCUGCCAUACCAGCUACAACUGAACAGUCUGUCAUCUUGCCAGUCUGACCUCCUCUAGCAUCUAGCCAGCAGUGUGAGAGCAGACUGACACCCAACAAAAUGGUUGACCCCACCUAUAUAUAUAUAUAUAUAUAUAUAUAUAUAUAUAUAUAUAUAUAUAUAUAUAUAUAUAUAAAAACAACACACACACACACACUUUCACACAUCACAUGAUACACAAAACAUAGGCACCGAUUAACACAAAGAGAAACCUUUGUACGUGAAAAUACAGGACUUGGCUUGAGCGUUGUGUUUUAAUAUCAUGCUGCAGUUACACACAGCACCUUUAGGUUCCCCUUCAGCAGAUUAUACCACAGAAAUUCCACAGACAAGUAGUUUUGCUUUGACUAAAAUAAUCAACCAGUAUUCCCUAGUGCUCUUUGGAGUAUCUCUUUAUUUUUUUUUUUUUUUCCUUCUGAAAAAUCCUCGCAGCACUGAAACAGUUCUUGGGUGGGCGCGCUGGUCGCAGCUCUUAAAUUUAGCUUGGUGAUAGUUCAAAACUGAAUUGAGGCUCGGUACUCCUACGCUUAAAGUUGAAAUUUUAACUUUGGAGUGCCAAAAAUGCUGACGAUGGCUAACGAGACUGAAGAAACUAUAUAGCAUUGUAAAAAGAGGUUCUUGGUGGACACUCCUUGUUGAGCUGCGUAACAACCAAAUCCUACUCUCCUUCCCUCAUGGGAAUAUAACGAGAGGGUCAAAAUAACUCUUUGGAGAUUAAUGAUUUUGAGCGUAAUUUUCUUUACAAGGGGAGUAGUACUUCCUUGUUAUAUUGUCUGCCAUAUUGGUAGAACGCUAUGAAUGUAAUGCCUGCACAGGCCUUUAAAACUGAAAUUAGUCAUUUAAAACGUUGCUGUGGUUGUGGAAUGUAUGCAAGUAUAUUUACAUGCCCAAAAAAACCCAACUUGUAUAACAUGACAGUUUUCCCCCUCCCCCUUCUUUAUUGAUAUAAAAAGGCCCCUUGAUAGCCGGUUAUAUAAUCAUACCGGCGGCUCAUGCAUGGAACGAGCAGACACGCACACACAUUCACAUAUUAACCUUGUAGUUGUUGUCAGCUGAUGUCCAGGUGAAUCAAAGGGUGCGUGAAUGUCAGCUCCUCUGAGGUUGACAAAAAGGGGGGACAAAACAUCUCAACUCAUCACCUGUGGCUAAAGUACACAUGGCUAAUGGCUCAAAGCAAUUGUUGCCAAAGCGACCAAGGUGCUAUUCACCAUCACGUACUUUAAACUGUAUUGGUAAGCAACUGACACAGAUGUGAAGCUGGUGUAGGAGGGCUAUAGAGAAUUGACUGCAGCACAGAUGCAGAGUCUUGGCUAGAGCUGCUCUCAAUAAUUGAUCAGACCGCAGAUGCCCAUUUAAAAAAAAAAAAAAAAAAAAAAAAAAAAAAAUGACCUCACUUAGACUGAAGCACAGUGAAAAUACUGACCGUGAAGAAGACUUAAGUUGUGAAAAAAGAGGAGAGUUUUGUAAUAAUUUAAAGAAAAAAAGAUGUCCAGAUAGAUAAUUUAAAGAAUGAAAACCUGAGAGACUGUCUAAUGAAAGAAUGGAAGAUUAUUAAGAAUGUAUUUUUCUAUAGUUUAUUGUGAGAAUAUUAAAGAUAAUUUGAAAGUAAGGGAAAGUUGCCACUUCUUCAGUUGAACUGGGGUCAUUAUUUCACUGAAAACCAAUCAUGCCCCCACAGCCUUCAAAUGGAAACCUGUGUUCCUCAUAUGCAUCCAAAUAUUAUGUUCCUGAUAGCUAAUGGUAGCCCCUAAGAUUAACCUUUUCAUUACGGGAAACCUGCUAGCUUGAGACAGACGCACCACAUUUUGUGCCUAGAAGCAACACAUCAACAUGUGACACGAACACACAUGCAAAAACGCGCGCACACACAGAGAGGCAGGACAUCUGUUGCCAUCUUAUUCUAGCCUUUAAUGUGGACAGAGACACGACGGAGGUAUGUCUAUAUUCAGAUACAUAUACACACAUAUUAUACAUAUUUACAAAUAAUGGUAUACUACUAAUAAUAAUUGAUAACUUAGCGGUUAAGCUUAAUAAAUAUAUAACCUGAAAAUCUGUAUUGAUUACAUAGAAGAACUUCUUGUUAUUGAGGUAUUGCUAUAUGACAUGUAUCGCUGAACUAGAUGAUUAUAGUGAUUUUUUUUUUUUUUUUUUUUUUUUUUUUUUUUUAGAUUUUUUUAACUAUUCUUUUUAUUUUGUAAUUUUUCCUUCUGUGUGGGUUGUUCCAGACAGGGUUUGUAAUGAAGGGGUUGCAGCAGAGAUUGAUUUGAGUUUCAGGCUGAAAGUGUCGAAAUGGAUUACUGAGGGUUAAAUCUUUACAAUUAGAACAGAGGGGUAGAAAUCGAGUGAGUCACCCAAUUUGACAUGUUUUUGAUUUUUUUUUUCUUUGUUCACAAGUGCAGCAGCUAAACUGGAUGUAUAGAAUGUGGAAAUGUUCCUGUUCUUCAAUAGGGAAAUAAAAAUGUUUGAGAAGCUGCACAUAUUCACAGUAUUCUAUUUAUAUCUAGUAUCUAAUUUUCCUGUCCAGAGUGACCUCGGCUCAUUGCAUAAAUCAACAAAUGGCUUCAAUUCCCAAAAUACUGACAUUACACCCAACCAGUACUGAAGAACAUUAUGGUCAAUUGGAGCAAAACGUUUAAAAAAAAUAAACAUUUUACCUAGAGAUAGAAAAGAUCAUAAAACCGCAGUAUAGUGUUUUGUGAUAUUCUGUUUCGGUCAGUGGAUAAAUAGAAAAUAGAGAAAUGAUUGACACCAAAUGCUGCAGUGUCUUAAUUAUCCAGCUCCUAAAAGCUGACUUAAUGCCCAAUCAGAAUUUAAAUGGACAGCCCAGCCUGGGCUAAGCCUAAAAUGCAGAUCUCAGGUCAGCUUUGCUGGUCACUCAGCAGCGGUUUUGGGGAUUGUUGAUAAUGAGCCCUUGUCUGGAACAGCCCAGGUAUUAGCUUCUUUGAGGGAUCGUAUUACUACUACUACUACUAGUAUUAUGAUGAAUAUGAUGAUGACAAUGAUUGCUAUCUAUUGACUAUUUCUAUUUCUUCUCUAUAUGCUAUUGAUAUAUGUAUGUUAAUUGCAAUGUAUAACUCUCUUUAUAUAUGUAUCCAUGUAUGAAUAUAAUAAUUGACAGUAAAUAUGCGUCUGUGUAUGCAGCAGUGCACAGCUCUGUCUGGGAGGCAGUGAGCAGAAAACAUCCAGCUUUUGAUAUUUAAUGUAAGGCUCUUGAGUUUUUAAUCCCACAGAUGGUGAUGUCCGUUAUCAGCCUCCAACGGCUGUAGGUUGUCAGUACAAGACAUUUCACACAGUACGGUAGAUCUGCUAUAUAUUAAUGUUUUCUGAGCUCUGUUUGUAGGCCUUAGGAUUGAUUGGGCACUGGCCAAAGGAAAAAAAGAAAAAGAUAGUUGAUGAUUAAAGUUUACAGUAUAUAUACUGUUAACUGUUUCCCCGUUGCAGUGUCUCCGUGUUGAUCCUACCAACAGAGCUCGCUGCUCACUGUGUGUUUUUGUUUAAAUUUAUCAUCAGGCAAAGACAGAUCUGGAAACAAAAGCAUACACAGUAGCCUAUAUACUCCCGUAUAGCGCCUUAUUCGGUAUACUACAACCUAUAAGAUGAUACAUACCCCUAUUGUAUAAUCCUGCUUACGAUAUACAGUAUAUGAUACCUGAUACUUAUUAUAAUACUUAGACACCCUUAUAAGGUAAUUUAGAUAAGAGAUGGUGGAGCUGUUUUUUUUUUGUUUUUUUUCUGUGGCUGUGGAAGAGUUUGCUGUGGUCAGUAAUGUGUUCCCAUCUUGUUUUUCAGGGUGUUAGAAGAGUGCCGCACACUCAAAUGCUCUUUAUCAUUCAAUUGUUGUUAGCAGCUGGGAUGGAAAAAAAUUAACAUCAGCCACUAACCAAAGCUUGGUAAAUCCUCGUUUUGGCUGAAAAAGCUGUAGCUGGUAAACAACCAAAAGAUUUUAAAAUUCGGCUACAUUAAAUAGUGAAUAUGGCUGACAUUUUUAUAUGUAUUAGCCAGUGACAAGUGGACAAAACAUUGUCCAUCCACGUUUGAAUUCCUGCCUUUUUAAAGACACGUUGAAGUAAAUUGUUAGAGAGAAAAAAAGCAGAGCAUUUGAGGGGAAGCUCCUCUUUCAUUGUUGGAGAAACGCCAACAUUGAUGAUGUAACUGACAUGCACAGAAAAAAAAGAAAAAGAAAACUGAAUACCUGUGCUGCAUAUUCUGUGUGUGUGCUGUUAAAGGCAGGCGAAUGACACAUACUAAAGGGGAGGCAGGUUUCUGCUACUGUAUCUCUACACAACAAAUCUCACAUAGUAAUUUUUCCCACGUUAGCUCAGAUUUUCCGUCUUAAACAAACUUGGUUUGCACCUUUUGUGUGUCUCCACAUUGCAUACUUUGUCAGCCUACCUUACCAAAUAUGACUGACUGCCAUUCAUGCUGAAAAGGUGGGGAAAGCAGUCCAUGAGACCUGAAGUUUACUGGGCAGAGGACUCUGACCCUGGUGCCCAAAUCACAGUAUGACUUGCACAUUGAUAUCAAAUGUCAUCAGAUGUGGAAGAGAUUUGGCAUUGCAUUGUUCCAUUUUUGUUUCUUUACUCCUUCCUGGUCCUGCAUAGCACGAUCAAUGCUAUGCACCAAUCAGAGCCAGCUAGAGACAACUUUGUAAUAAUUUGAAAUUGUAAUAAAACAACAUCCUCUCACUUCAAAAGGCUCCUUAUGUAAUAAGUUGAUGAUUUUCACAAGGGUGAAUUACCUAUGCCUAGCAUCUUUCUGUUUUACCUUCUUUUCAACAUGAAUGGCAGUGAAUAGUGCUCAGUAAGUAUGGCUAAAGUAUGCUUUGUAUUACUCAUACCUACAAUAUUUACAGUUUGUUGAAAGAUGAGGACAAUCUCAGUUAACAGCAAGAAGUCCAAAUUACAUCACUAUUGUCCUUGAAAGGUUAUGCUAUCCUGCGUGCUUUGACCUUUGAUCUUAAAGUGUUCCAAGUUCCUCAGGCUGGCUGCAGAACAAGAAACCUCCAACAUGCGCAGGCUCUCAUUGCCUUUCCUGCCAUCAUUACAAUAUGGUUAUUAUUCAUGCAGUGUGUAAGCACACAGACACGGUGGCAUUUUGGUAAUCGUCACACCUGUAGCUGUUAUUUAAAAAAAAAUAAAAAAAAUAAAAUAAAAAAGAAUUUCUUUUACUUCUCAAAGGCAGAAGGUCCAUGCUGACUUACAAAUAUAGUUGUUUUUUCUGCUGUAGGCAUCAGACCUCCGUGCUAGAUAAAGCAGACAUGGCAAAAUUGAUUUAAUUGCGUUCAUUAAGUUAUAGAACAAUGUUUCUGCUUGGGUGUGAUUUUCCUAAAAGUGACUUAAAGGUUCUCUUUGCCCGUUCUGACAAAAGUAGCUUUUGUCUUAAUCUAACCCGAGUUUGUGCAUCAGUUCUGGUCAUCACAUCCUGCUGCAGUUAAUGAAAUGACACAGUUCUCAGCUGUGAAAGUUUCUGCUUAACAAAUAUUCAUAUAUACCCCCUUUACUGUUUGUGUCAUUUGAUUCCCAGUACCAACACACACCUACACAGCCACAAACAAUCUUAAUUUAUCGGUUUUCAAUCAGUUAGAAAUUAUCAGUUAUUUGAAUCAGAUGAAGAAACCAGGGUUGUAAGAAGUGGAAAGAACAAGGCCUCUUUUUGUACUGUAUUUUUACAUUUCGUUGUUUUGUUUUAUCUUCUUGACUGUUUUCUCUUUUCUCCUCCCUGGUUGGAAGUUCAUGAUCACACAAGUGGACCAAAUCUCUUGAAAGCAUUUAAUAAACAGACCGUUUUAGAAUAAAA